AUGAUAAAUGCAGAAUUUUCAAAUAAAAAUUUAACUAUUAUACGAGCCCGGGCAACCGACAAAACGAUGGAGUCACCGAGAAAAUUUAAUGAUUGCUAUUUCUAUUAUUAUUCCACAUGCACUAAGGGGGAUAAUUGUGUUUUUCGUCAUGAACCAUCAGCCCUUGGAUGUGAAACAAUGUGCUCUGCUUGGCAACAAGGAAAAUGUCUGGAUAAAUGUUGUAAACUGCGCCAUAUGGAACUUAGGAAAAACCGUAAGCAAAUCCCUUGUUACUGGGAGAAUCAGCCAGGAGGCUGUCGUAAGAAGCACUGCCCUUUCAUGCAUAAAAAUCCUGAUGCUCGCACUGAUGGCAUUGCUCCUAGUCAACCAACACCUGUUGUUAGUGCUCAAGCCACCGUGCCAGAAGACACAGGAGCAAUGAACCCUGCAGUGCCAGUGCCAGCAGUGCCUGCUCCUGCCCCCGCACCCGUGCCGCUGCUGUGGCAACAGCAGAGACAACAAGUAGUCUUGGACUCGGCCAUCCUCGGCGUGCUGCCCACCAACGAGCUGCUGCCGCGGCGCGUGGUGACGCACGCGCACGCACACCCGCACGCGCACCCGCACGCGCACGCGCACGCACACGCGCACGCGCACGCCCACGAGCCCUACGCGCCGCUGCCUGUCGACCCGCUGGUCGUCAACUUCGAGGAAGAGUCCGAUAACGAAAGUGCUCCGUCCUCUACGCCCACUAAGAACGUGUCCCCCGACGAGCAAGCCAAGCUCGACGCCAAGUCGCAGGAACUAGUGCUGCUCGAGAAGAUACAGGCUGAGGCUGCCGCCUUCUACAGCUACGACAACCUCCCACAGGAACCGCCGAAGGAACGCAAAGUACUACGCACAAACCUCACUGCCAAGUACGAUAAGUUAUCCCUCGAUGAAAUAGCAGGUAAGAAACAGUCUGCAGAGAUAAGGAGCUCGUUAGACUUUAAAGUUCUAUCGUUAGAUGAAAUUAGAGCAAGGAAAAAGAUUUCGGAAACAAUUAUCCAAACAACGCCCAUUACACUUAAUUUGAAUAGAAAAAGAAAAUUGUCAACGCACGAAACUUUAACUACUUCAGGGAAUAAAAUUAUCAAAGUGGUUAGGAGUAAUUCUAUAGUGUACAAAAAACUUGAUAAGAAUGCGCCUGCGCAGAAUAAUCAGGCUAAAACUGAACCGAAGCGUAGCGAAGAUGUGAGUAGAAAGCGAACUUUAUCUGAACAAAGUGAUAUAUAUGAUAUACACGAGGACGAGCUUGUAGACAAUUGUUAUGAAUUUAAAAGAAUUAAGAUCGCCGAAAUACCUAAACCUAGAUUAGUUAGAAACAGAAGUGGUACUAAAUCAAUAAGUGAAAGUAAAGACGAUGAAAACAUCAACAAAAAUGAUAACGACUCAGAUACCGAAGUGCAAUUUGUUAGUAUAGAAUUAGAGUCUAGUAUUUCUAAAACUGAUGACGAUAUAAUAGAUCUAGAAUCGACAAAAAUGGGCGAUCCUGUAGAUAUAGUGGAUCUGUGCGAGGACCAAGACGAAAUUACCGUGUCUGAUCUAGACUUAGAUUUAGUUAAAAACGUCCCGGACGUUGUCGCCAGCUGCCAGAAAAACAAUAAAAAUGAUAAAGAUCUGCUCAAUGACAUAGAUGCCUUUUUAAAUGAAGAGUUA